AUGGAGACGCACUACAGCCACAACCCGUUCGACAGACGCCCGAUAGUGACUUCCAAAACUCCCGCCGUUAAAUGGUUCAGAGAAUGGGUGCCACAGGAUGUUGUAGCUACAGGUGGAAAGUGUUCGGUUUUAAGAUGGGUAACAGAGAGCCAAUCGAAGGCCUUAAAAGAGAGAGCGAAAGAUCCACCAACGCCAGAGCCAGAGCCAGAACCUACGACCGAAGUUCUGUUCCUUUGCAGUUAUGAUGGAUGUGGAAAAACCUUCAUAGAUGCCGGUGCUUUGAGAAAGCAUUCUCACAUCCAUGGGGAACGCCAGUAUGUUUGUCACUGGGAGGGUUGUGGCAAGAAGUUUAUUGACAGUUCAAAGUUGAAAAGACACAACUUGAUUCAUACUGGGGAGAGAAACUUUGUGUGUCCACAUGAAGAUUGUGGAAAGGCCUUCUCCUUGGACUUCAACCUGAGGUCACAUAUGAAAACACAUUCACAAGAAAACUAUCAUAUAUGCCCAUACCCAGAAUGCGGGAAGAGAUAUGCCCAUGACUACAAGCUACGGAACCACAUUCAAUCCCAACACGAAAAGGUUGGUUACGUUCUGUCUCAAAGUGAAAAGAAUGCAACACCACCAGUCGAGAUGGUGAGGUACGCAACACCACCAGAGAGACCAACCAUCAAAGCUCCAAAGCCACCUUCAUCAGCUCCUCCCUCUGCAACACCCGCAUCUACGGCCUCUGCAUCAGUAGGCCGCCCUUUCGGCUGCCCUUCCGAGACAUGCAGAAAGGCUUACAUCCACGAGUACAAGUUGAAGCUCCAUCUCAAAAACCAUCCGGACCACAACGUCGAGGAGACCACCGACAUUAACACCAUCAUGCCACGUCGCCAUCACGCUGUGGAUAACAAUGACUCGGACGAGGGCAGCGAUCAAGAUGGCAGCGGUUAUGGUGCCCUCAAGCGUGCGGUGAAUGGCCGGAAGAAAUCACAGAGUAGCAGGGUGAAGCCGAGCUUGAAGAUGCCUCCUGCGAAGAUGGCGCAACGCAGCAAAGGGUCGAGCCCGUUGGCACAUAGCUUGAACGUGGCGAAGAAGCCAUGGCCCCCGGUGGCGGUGGGAUCCAAGGGAGGAGAGGUUUACGGUGGGGAGGAAGAUGAUAGUGAAGAGACGGAAGAGGAGGAUAGGGAGAGUGGAGAUGAUGGGUGGAGAUAUAGGGAUGAUAAUGAGGAUGAUGAUGAAGAGACUGAGUAUGAAGAUUGA